AUGGAUGCUUGCACCCUCAUUGCUUGCCAUCUGACCCUGGACCUCCAGCCAAGGCCCUUACAAGCUCAGAGGCCCCUUCAUCAGUGUGCAAUGGUGCUUCAUCUUGAGCAAGAAAGAUGGGACGCUCUAGUGCCAGCAGAGAAGGUCUAUCAUAAGGCCAAGGCUCUCAAAGCAGCCAUCAGACUCAAGCACAAUGUGGACGAGCUGAUCAAUCACCUUGCACAGGACACAAGCAUGGUCAUUGGCUCAGAAGCUGCUUACCUCUUGGUUGCUGCUGAGAGUGAGCAUGAUGCUGCUCAGUCUCAGCUGCAACAGCUCAACAAGGGCAACAAGGACCCUCAAGCCCCUGUCCACAAUGCCCAAAGAUUCAAGCUCUUUGAUGCGCUAGAUGCCUCUCACAACGCACUACAAGGAUUCGAAGUGAGGGACGGAUCCAAUGAGACUGGAAGCAAAGCUGAUGGAGCUUUCGAGAUCGACAAACAGUUUGCCAGCUAG